ACUACCAUUAAAUUUCGCAUUAUUUUUGAUAUCCCUCCAGGAUGGCUACUGUGCCCCCACCAAAGAGUAAACGACAGAAGCUUGCAGAUACAAAGCGAACACGAGAACAGCAGGAUAUUGAACUUAUCCCUGAAUCAGUCCCAAAUGUCGUCGUUCAUUUACGAGCCUCCGAUACUGGUGACAAGCUCGCGGGAGAGCUACACAUUCCCGGGAACUCCACAGCGCAACAAUUAGACCUUCUAGUUAACAAGCUUCUCCGAACAGUAUGGCCCCUCCUUGUGUGUUCUCAGGACCAUUUACUAAUCCAGUGUAGGAGGAUGACCGAGUACCAUAUACCUUCUCUCUCCUCACCGAUAGCACAAACCCCGAUUCCACUGUAAUCGAUAUCACCAACGAUUUAUGGACUUCUGUCUUAAAGCCUGGACAUAAAACCACCGAAGACGUACUCACCCUCGUAUACACCCCCCAAGCGGUAUUCCGGGUGCGAGCUGUCUCCAGAUGUUCCUCCGCAAUCUCCGGUCAUGGAGACGCAAUAUUGACCGCUCAAUUCUCACCUGCUUCCUCAUCGAGAAUGGCCACAGGCAGCGGGGAUGGUACCGCGAGAGUAUGGGAUUGCGACACCGAAACACCCAUGCACACCCUGAAGGGACACAAGAGCUGGGUGCUAUGUGUUAGCUGGAGCCCCGAUGCAAAAUACAUUGCCACAGGUAGUAUGGAUAAUACCAUCCGCCUAUGGGAUUCCAAAGCCGGAAAGGCGCUCGGGGAUGCUAUGAAGGGUCAUACAAAAUGGAUCACAGGCCUUUCCUGGGAACCAUAUCAUUUACAAAACCCCGAUGUUUACAGAUUCGUUUCUUCGUCAAAAGAUCAGACCAUCAGGAUAUGGAACGCUACGCUGAGAAGAGUAGAGUUAACUAUGAGCGCUCAUUCUGCCGCUGUUACAUGUGUCAAAUGGGGUGGCAUCGGGUUCAUCUAUUCCGCAUCUCAGGAUAAGACAAUCAAAGUUUGGGAUUCCAAAGAUGGAAAAUUGCUACACAAUUUGAACGCCCAUGCCCACUGGGUCAACCAUCUGGCGUUAUCGACGGAUUUCGUCCUGAGGACUGCAUAUCAUGAACAUACCGGAAAAGCGCCGGCCACGGACGAGGGAAAGGUGAACAAGGCCAAAGAAAGAUUUGAGAAAGCAGCUACAUUUGGAGGAGAGGCUGUGGAGCGUCUGGUGACAGCGAGCGACGAUUUCACCAUGUAUCUCUGGGAGCCAAAGAAGGGAACAAAACCUAUCGCUAGAUUAUUAGGACAUCAGAAACUCGUGAAUCAUGUGUCCUUCUCACCAGAUGGCAGACUCAUUGCCUCGGCAUCGUUCGACAAUCAUGUCAAACUGUGGGAUGGCCGUGACGGAAAGUUUGUUUUUUCCUCCCUAUACGACAUCAAUUUCGCGCUAACCGGGGCAUCCCCAAGAUUCAUUAAUACCCUUCGUGGUCACGUAGCUCCUGUGUAUCAGUGGUGAGUUAUGGCGCGAACGGAUGCCAAUCCUGAACAUCGACGCUAACUCGAUCAAAGCUCUUUCUCCGCUGAUUCCCGUCUCUUGGUGUCAUGUUCGAAGGAUACGACGUUGAAAGUGUGGGAUGUCAAGACAGGUAAACUGCACACGGAUUUACCUGGCCAUCAAGACGAAGUAUUCGCUGUCGAUUGGAGCCCCGACGGAAAAAAGGUUGGCAGUGGUGGAAAGGACAAGGUAUUUGGAUGCUCCCCAGCACGUCCGGCCUCCUCCCCUGCCCGCUAACAAAAUUUAGGCCGUGAGGUUGUGGAAGCAUUAGACGCUGUGCUCUGAGAAAUUGUAUGCAUGUAGCUUAAAAAAGGUUGGGAAAAUUAUUGUGAUUCGUUC